AUGGGUAGAGCCUUAAGAAGAAAUCGAACGAGAAAACGGGUGGCCUUGACUGAUGGUCACUUGGUAAUCGAUCGUCCAAUACCUGCAAGAUUAUUGGGUUUCUUACCUAGAAGAGGGGAAGAAGAAUUUGAAAUGAUGUCUUAUACUGCUGCUACAUGUGAUCCUGAUAAUUUUGAAGCCGAACGGUAUAAUCUUCGAGCCGCUAAAUUGAAUCGAGAUACUGAGCUUUUUGUUGGAGUGACAAUGUAUAACGAAGAUGAAGUUCUAUUUACACGUACAAUGCACGGAGUCAUGAAAAACAUUGCACAUCUUUGUACAAGAAACAAGUCUAGGACAUGGGGUAAAGACGGUUGGAAAAAGGUCGUGGUUUGUAUUGUUGCAGAUGGAAGAAAUGUGAUCAAUCCAAGGGUACUAGACUGUUUAGCUGCAUUAGGAGUCUAUCAAGAAGGAGUAGGAUCCAACGUUGUACAAGAUCGACCAGUCACUGCUCAUAUUUAUGAAUUCACCACCCAACUUUCAGUCGAUAGUGAUUUGAAAUUCAAAGGAUUAGAAAAAGGCAUCGUACCUACUCAAAUCAUCUUUUGUCUUAAAGAACGUAAUCAAAAGAAGAUUAAUUCACAUCGAUGGAUGUUCAAUGCGUUUUGUCCUUUACUUCAACCCAACGUAUGUGUCUUGUUGGAUGUGGGUACUAAACCUGGACCUAGAAGUUUAUAUCAUCUUUGGAAAUGUAUGGACUUAAACUCGAAUGUCGGAGGAGCUUGUGGUGAGAUUUGUGCGAUGAAAGGGAAAGGAUGGCUUGGACUUUUGAACCCUUUAGUAGCUGCUCAAAACUUUGAGUAUAAGAUGUCAAAUAUUAUGGAUAAACCUACCGAAUCGAUCUUUGGUUAUAUUUCAGUGCUUCCAGGUGCAUUCUCAGCUUAUCGAUAUAUAGCAUUAAAGAAUGAUGAGAUUGGAAGAGGACCAUUAGCAUCUUAUUUCAAAGGAGAAACCUUAACAGGACAAGAUGCAGAUGUGUUUACGUCAAAUAUGUAUCUUGCAGAAGAUCGAAUAUUAUGUUGGGAACUAGUGGCAAAGAGAGGACAUGAAUGGGUUUUGAAAUAUGUGAAGAGUGCAUGGGGUGAAACAGAUGUACCGAACGAAGUACCUGAAUUCAUUUCUCAACGUAGAAGAUGGCUCAAUGGAAGUUUCUUUGCUGCGAUUUAUUCUUUGGCUCAUAUUGGUCAAGUUAGAAGAACUGAACAUUCUAGGUUAAAAGCUUUAGCAUUAUAUUUUGAAGGGUUUUAUAAUUUAUUAAAUUUGGUGUUUGCUUGGUUUGGAAUUGCGAAUUAUUAUAUCUUUUUUGUUUUGUUAUCAUCUUCUUUAGAAGAUCCAGCUUUAAAGAUGCCUAAAGCUGUUUCGAUUGUCAAUUUACUUUUACAAUACCUCUAUACCGGUACUCUGAUAGGAUGCUUUUUACUCUCGAUGGGUAACCGACCACAAGGUUCCAAAUGGAAGUACAUUGGUGCCAUGGUAGUUUACGCACUCUUGGCUCUCUACAUGAUGGUAGCUGCGAUUUUCAUCCUAGUCAAAGCGGUUAAAGGUGGAGCAAACGCCAAACUGUAUGCUCAGAUCAUCAUCUCUCUGGUGGCUACUUUUGGUUCUUGGGUGAUCUCGAGUGUUUUGGCGCUUGAUCCUUGGCAUCUUGUGACUUGCAUGUUACAGUAUAUGUUACUGGCUCCUGCAUAUAUAAAUGUAUUGAACGUAUACGCAUUUGCAAACUUGCAUGAUUUCUCAUGGGGAACUAAAGAUCAAAACAUAGUGAUGACCGAUUUAGGAAUAGCCGUUUCAGCAGGAGAUUCCAAGAUGGUUGAAAUCAAUAAUUUGUUUGAACAAAAAGAUUUAGAUCAAAGUUAUGAUCAAGCUUUGUUUAAUUUGAAGACUAGACCGAAAUUGAUUGAAAAACAUCGAAGUGAAAAAGAAAAGGAAACCUUGAAACAAGAUUAUUAUAAGAAUGUUAGAACGAAUGUGGUGAUGUUAUGGACUUUAACUAAUGGUGUUUUGGUGGCUGCUAUUUUGAAUGGAGAUGUGGCUUCUAGUUUUUCGACGGGAAAAACGGAUUUUAAAAUUCAUUUAUAUAUGAUUAUUAUUCUUGGAUUCGUAGCUUUUAUGGCUAUUAUUCGUUUGUUUGGUUCGACUUUGUACCUUGCUAUUCGACUUUUUGCUGGUUAA